AGAGGGGGCCAGCGGUAAAGAGCGCGCACCAGAAAGAGGAAGUCGAGAAGGGGCUUUGCACACAAAAAAAUAUAAUUUAAAUGUCGGAGUUCAUUUGGAGAUUUAAAAUGAAUUAGGGGACAGCAGGCAAUCUUAAAAUUACAUACAACUUAGAUUUUCUCUUAAUUAUUCAAACCUCAGAAUAAAACCCGCCACUACACUUGUUUUAGUGACCCUUCGCCAUACGAGUUUAGUCAAGGCGAUAGGGAAGUAAGCGAGAAGGACGAGCGGAAUUUCUAAAUACAUAAUUUUACCAGCAAACAACGAGAUUAUAACCUACACCUAAACACGUUUUGAUGGUAGAAGGUCUCAAUGCAUCAUUGAGCAACAGAAUUAGCGUCAACUGGUCUUCACGAGAACUUGAGAUUCCCCGAGAAAAGUUGUUCGUGGAGCACGAGCCGUCAGAGGCCUGUGGUCGAGGCUGCAUGCAUAGACCUUCGGCGUGGUGGAGUGCCUGUGACAUAAACAAGAAACAUGUCGGCCCAAGCGCAAAUGCGAGCGAUGCUGGACCAGUUAAUGGGCACAGGGAGAGAUGGGGACUCCAUGCGCCAGAGAAUCAAGUUCACAGACGAGCGGGUUUGCAAGAGUCACUUGCUGGACUCCUGUCCUCAUGAUAUUCUUUCAGGCACUCGAAUGGACCUGGGAGAAUGUGUGAAGGUUCACGACCUGGCUCUCAGAGCAGAUUAUGAGAUUGCCUCCAAACAGCAGGAGUAUUUCUUUGAACUGGACGCCGCCGAGCACCUGCAGUCCUUCAUUGCCGACUGCGAUCGCAGGACCGAGCUGGCUAAGAAGAGGCUGGCCGAGACACAGGAGGAAAUCAGCGCUGAAGUGGCUGCAAAGGCCGAGCGGGUGCACGAGCUGAACGAGGAGAUCGGCAAGCUGCUGGCUCGGGCCGAGCAGCUGGGCGGCGAGGGCAACGUGGACGAGGCGCAGCAGGUGCUGGAGAAGGUGGAGAAGACCCGCGCCAUGAAGAAGGAGGCAGAGGACGUGUACAGGAACUCCAUGCCCGCGUCUAGUUUCCAGCAGCAGAAGCUGAGGGUGUGCGAGGUGUGCUCCGCCUACCUCGGUCUCCACGACAACGAUCGCCGCCUGGCCGACCACUUUGGCGGCAAACUGCACCUGGGCUUCAUUGAGAUCCGCGAGAAGCUGGACAAGCUCAGGAAAGCGGUCGUCGAGAAGCAGGAGCGCAUGCGGACCCGGAGACGGGAGGAGCGCGACCGGGAAGAGGAACGCGAGCGAGAAUGGGAGCUGGAGCGCGAGCGCGAGAGGGAGACGGAGCGCGAGAGGGAGAGGGAGCGAGAGCGCGAGAGGGAGCGCGAGAGGGAAAGGGAGAGAGACCGAAGGAGGUCGAGGUCCAGAAGUGGCGAGCGUUACAGGGAGGGGGGCAGUUCAUCCUCCCAUCACUCGAGACGGCACCGCUCCUCCCGGUCCAGGGAAGAAGGGGGCGAGCGAGACAGGGAGAGGGAGAGGAAGCAUAGACACAAGGAGAGGCACCGCUCGCGCUCGCACUCCCACAGGAGCAAGAGGAAGAGGUCCUCCAGAGACAGAACCUCAAACACCCACGACAAAGAGCGCUCCCCGGCCUCCCAGGAGCGCUGGCGGGAGGCCGGAGGGGAGGCCCGCCGCAACGACCGUCCCCAGUUCCCAGGGGAGGACAGGGAGAGGUCCACUUCCCCGGAGCUGGCACGUGGGAGAGAGCGGGAGAGGUCCGUGUCCAUCGAGAGAGACCGGCGCUCCAGUUCAGAGGAGAGAGAGUCGGGGGAGAUAUAAGAAACAGUUUGGUGGGGGAGGGGUUCCCGAGGUCUUGCGUCGAUGGGGAGGGGGCGGGGUUAAAAACGAGUCUGGGAGUGUGGGUGUGGGCGUGCGGUUGGGAUGUGCAUGCGUGCGUGCGAGUACUGAAUGUCUGUUCAUGUUUAGACCGGGGACAUGAAUUAGGUGGGGGGUGGGGGUACAAAUUUGAUAAAGGAACAAGACUAUUUGCGACCAGGAGAGCUGACUAAUUCACAUACGCAAGAAAUAUGGGUGUGAAUUAUGACUCAAAUGUGAGUGGAUGGGAAUGACUUGAAAGAAUUGAAAGACCAGGGAAGCUUUACUGAACAUCAUCUUGUGUUAAUAAAUUGGAUAUUUAGAGCAAGCGAAAUAUGAGAUGGGGGGGGGGGGGGAUAUGGAACUUGUACCUUAAAAACCUCUUUUGUUUUAGACAUGCUGUUCAGUUUUUUUUUAUUUUAUUAUCAUUAUGAUAUACAAUGUUAUUACCAUUGUUUUUUUGCGUUCCAUUGAAGAAUCCGAUAUUUGGUUUCGUACGGGGGUGUGUAGCCAUGGGUUUAUACAUACAGACACACAUUUACACUCACACUCGCCACACACACACUUGAUGAAUACACACUCAUACUGGACAUGUAGAAUGAGAUAUAGGACAUUCACAAGCAUUUUAGAUAUUGGAGCUCUGGCCAGUGGUAUUGAGUUAGUUAGCACACUCUGUCCUUUUGCUGUGAAACAAGAUGGAGGUUUUGCAGGAUCUGUACCUUGCUGUGCCAUCUACAGUACUACAAAGUAAAUAAAAUGUUUGCUUCCGUUGAUAA